CUAAUACCUCAAGAGGUUAUACUGCUCUUCUAAUAAUCCAAAGUUCAGAAAAGCCGUUGGAAUUUGAGAGCCGAUUACUCACUUUAACACGCUGCAGCAAAAUGACGACUUUUACUUUUGUUUGAUUUUUUGGCUUUUUUGAAAGGACCCUCUCUGGAACAGUUUGCUGGGAUUUUAUUCGAAUCAAUGGUAUCAUGUGUUAUUUGUUUUAAUGAAGGUGCUACACUUCACAAGCCAGCAUUCUCUUUGCUUUUGGUACAUAUUUUGUCAAAUGAGAGAUGACUAAUUCAGCAGGUAAGUGUAUCAAAUUUGGUAUCAUUAAAACCAACAAAUGCAUCAGAUAAAUAUACUUUAGUAUAUUUAGUGAUCACAACUGUAUUUCCUUCAAUAUUUUCGCAGGUACUUAUGAAAUAUUCAUCAACUAGAACAAGAUAUUCCUUUUUUGCACAUUGAUGAAUUUUAAAGGAACCUGCAACAACUACAACAGGAUCUAGUGCCAUUAACAUUAAGUCACCUUGUGGAGUUGCGGUAAUACAAAGCUACAAUGGCUUUUGGUGACCUCUUAGAGCAGGUGGGUAGCACAGGACGUUUUCAGAUCCUGCAUGUGACCCUCCUCUGCAUACCUGUCCUCAUGAUGGCCAGUCACAACCUGCUGCAGAACUUUGUGGCCGCCGUGCCCCCUCAUUACUGCAGCGCGCACACAAACCUCACUCAGUCCCAGCUGAGCCUGGAGGAAGCGCUGCUAAUCACAGUGCCACUAGACCAGAAAGGGAAGCCGCAGAAGUGUCAGCGUUACGUUGCCCCUCAGUGGCACCUCCUGGAUAAGAAUGGGACCUCCAAGUCAAAAGAGCAGGGAGACACCAGCGAUGGUUUUGAUGCUGACCUGCAGGGAUGCACAGAUGGAUGGUCCUAUAACAUGACUGAGAUGAGCUCCACAAUUAUAUCUGAUUGGCAUUUGGUGUGUGAUGUGCGCUCCUUGAAGCAAAUGGGACAAACCAUCUACAUGGGAGGUGUGCUAGUGGGAGCUGUUGUCUUUGGUGGUCUUUCUGACAGAUAUGGUCGACGCAUCCUCCUGCUCAUGUCUAACCUGCUGAUGGCAGUGGCUGGGACGUGUGCUGCUUUCUCGGCCUCCUUUCCACUCUUCUGCCUGUUCCGUUUCGGUUGUGGCAUGGCUCUGUCUGGCCUGGGGCUCAACACCUUCUCACUCAUUGUGGAAUGGAUCCCCACUCGUGUGCGGACUGGUGUGGGGACUCUGACAGGUUACUGUUACACACUGGGACAGUUGAUCCUGGCAGUCAUAGCCUACUUCAUUCGGGACUGGAGGUGGUUAACUUUGACUGUGUCUUUGCCCUUCUAUGUCUUCUUCCUCUACUCAUGGUGGUUUCAUGAAUCUUCAAGAUGGUUAGCCCUGAGCAAUAAGCCUGACCAAGCCAUCGCAAACCUUAAAAGUGUGGCAAAAUUUAACGGACGCCGUGAAGAGGGAGACAAAAUCGACAUUAAAAUGCUGCAGGAGUCCAUGAAGAAAGAGAUGUCCUGUUCGCAGGGUUCCUACUCUGUCUUGGAUCUGUUCCGCACACCUACAAUGAGGAAGAUGACAGUCUGCCUCAGUGCUGUCUGGUUAUCAACGAGCUUUGCCUACUAUGGUCUUUCUAUGGAUCUUCAAAAGUUUGGGGUGAACAUCUAUUUGAUCCAAGUGAUCUUUGGAGCAGUUGAUAUCCCUGCCAAAGUUAUUGUAACCGUUUCCAUGAGUUUUAUUGGACGGCGGCCAUCACAAUGUGGUGCUCUCAUCUUCGCUGGAGUCACCGUUUUGAUCAACGUGCUGGUACCUUAUGAUAAGCAGACUUUGCGCACAUGCCUGGCUGUAGUGGGUAAAGGUUGCCUUGCUGCCUCCUUCAACUGCUGUUACCUUUACUCCGGAGAACUGUACCCAACCAUCAUUCGUCAGAAUGGCAUGGGUUGGGUAUCCAUGAUGGCUCGUGUAGGCGCCAUGGUGGCCCCUAUGGUGCUUCUCGUUGGUGACUACAUACCUUGGCUACCAGGUUUAAUUUACGGAGGAGCUCCAAUCCUCAGUGGGGUGGCUGCAAUAUUUCUCCCAGAGACACUUGGUUCACCUCUUCCUGACACAAUACAAGAUGUGGAGGACAGGGGAUCUGGGAGAGGCUCCAAAAUUCCACCAAAGGAAGCAAUAAUCUUGCAAGACACCCAGGCGAAUCUCCUGAAGCAGGCUGCCUGAGGGCAUCUGUAUUGUACUCCUGAUGUUUUUGCUGACAUGUUAAUGGAAAUAGAGUGGGUACUGCU